AUGGCAAACUCAGUGCAGGGCGAUGGGGGCCUCCCCAGUGCGGAGCUCUGGGCCUCCCACAACAAGAUGCUGGUGGAGCCGCUCGACAGCAACGACCCAGAGGUGCACAGCAUCAUCAAGAAGGAGAAGCAGCGGCAGAGGCUGGGGCUGGAGUUAAUCGCAUCAGAGAACUUUGCAAGCCGAGCGGUCCUCGAGGCCCUGGGAUCCUGCAUGAACAACAAAUACUCCGAGGGCUACCCAGGGCAGAGGUACUAUGGUGGGACAGAGUUCGUAGAUGAGAUGGAAAGGCUCUGCCAGAAGCGAGCUCUGCAGGCAUACGGGCUCAACCCCCAGAAGUGGGGUGUCAAUGUCCAGCCCUACUCAGGGUCACCUGCGAACUUUGCGGUGUACACGGCCCUGGUGGAGCCCCACGGCAGGAUCAUGGGGCUGGACCUGCCCGACGGGGGCCACCUCACCCACGGGUUCAUGACGGACAAGAAGAAGAUCUCUGCCACCUCCGUCUUCUUCGAGUCCAUGCCCUACAAGGUCAACCCCAAGACCGGUUACAUCGACUACGACCGGCUGGAGGAGAACGCCCGCCUUUUCCACCCCAAGCUGAUCAUAGCAGGUGUCAGCUGCUACUCGCGCAACCUGGACUAUGCCCGCAUGCGGAAGAUCGCCGACGCCAACGGAGCCUAUCUCAUGGCUGACAUGGCCCACAUCAGCGGCGUGGCUGCCGGCGUGGUGCCCUCCCCUUUCGACCACUGCGACGUCGUCUCCACCACCACCCACAAGACCUUGCGGGGCUGCAGGGCUGGGAUGAUCUUCUACCGUAAAGGCACCCGCAGCGUGGACCCCAAGACGGGCAAGGAAACACUCUACAACCUGGAGAGCCUCAUCAACCAGGCGGUGUUCCCCGGGCUGCAGGGCGGACCGCACAACCACGCCAUCGCAGGCAUCGCGGUGGCACUGCGGCAGGCCAUGACGCCCGAGUUCAAGGCUUACCAGCAGCAGGUGGUCGCGAACUGCAAGGCAUUGUCGGCGGCGCUGAUGGAGCUGGGCUACGACAUCGUCACAGGGGGCUCCGACAACCACCUGAUGCUGCUGGACCUGCGCAGCAGGGGCAGAGGCGGCCGGGCCGAGCGGGUGCUGGAGAUGUGCUCCAUCGCCUGCAACAAGAACACAUGCCCUGGCGAUGUCAGCGCCCUGCGCCCCAGUGGCCUGCGGUUCGGGACGCCAGCUCUCACCUCCCGUGGCUUCAGGCAGGACGAUUUCCGCAUGGUGGCUCAGUACAUCCACAGAGGGAUCGAGCUGACGCUGCGCGUGCAGAAGGACAUGAGCCCCAAGGCCACGCUGAAGGAAUUCAAGGAGAAACUGGAGGAGGAGAAAUACCAGGAGGAGCUGAAGGCACUGAAGAGAGAGGUGGAGGCGUUUGCAGCGACCUUCCCGCUCCCGGGGCUGCCUGUGCUGUAA